CUCUAUGCUACACAUUAAGAUACUGGACAUUAAUGACAACUCUCCGGAGUUUGUUCCCAGUCCUUCAGGCUCACUCUCAACCUACAUCAGAGUUAUUGAUGAAGGACCAGAUAGCAUCAAUAGAGCCAUCAUCGAUGUUAACGCUACAGACAAAGACGACGGAACAAAUUCCAAGAUUGUAUACACCCUUUCUGGGGAUCAGCAUGGGUAUUUCCAUCUAAACUCAUCGACGGGAGUUUUAUAUGUCCGUAAAGUCCUGGAUCGAGAAAACUCGGAGAUGACCUUAGAUGCACAAGAGAGAGGAGUGUUUUCUCUCGAUAUUACAGCUACGGACCAAGCCGAGCCUGAAAAUACUCGAAAAAGUUCUACCGUGAGGGUCACCAUAAUAGUCAAUGACAUUAACGACAACACUCCUCAAUUCGUUGAUCCACCCCAGUCCACCAGCAUCAGCGAGGCUGCUCGGCCGGGAAGUAACGUGAUACAGGUCCCCGCAGUGGACAAAGAUUUAGGAUUUGCUAGCAAAGUUUUUUAUAAUAUUACUGAAGGAAAUAGCAAUGGAAAUUUUGAAAUAACGCCAGGCGGAUACAUUCUUGUCAAGAGAUCGCUGGAUGCUGAAGUAAAAUCCUUGUAUAACCUGACUAUUGAAGCAAAAGACGAAGGCCAACCAAAGAGAUCCAAUAAAACGGUUGUGUCUAUUGUUGUAGACGAUGUGAACGACAACGAUCCAGUUUUCAACCAGUCCACCUAUCAUGGUCGCGUGUUAGAAAACUCCAACGUGAGCACGCUUGUUGCAAAAGUGUACGCAACAGACGAAGACCAAGAUGCCAAUGGUCGAGUGUCAUAUAAGAUCACCAGUGGCAAUACUGGGGAGGCAUUUGCAGUUAAUAAUAAAACUGGAGUGGUCACUGUAAAGGGGUCCAUAGACAGGGAAAAGAUGAAGGAGUAUACUCUAAGCAUACAGGCUGAAGAUGCUGGCCAUCCCUCCAGCAGGAAGGCUUUUGCAGACCUUGUCAUCACAGUCCUUGAUGAAAACGACAGUCCCCCCCUGUUCAAGGAGAGUUCUUACGAAGCAUCCAUUGAGGAGAACUCGGAAGCGGGAAAAACCGUUGUGCCAACCAUCGAAAUAGGAGCUACAGAUGCGGACGAGGGAGCCAACGCUAUCGUGUCAUUUUCUCUCCAUGGUCCUGGAUCAGAGAAUUUCCUGAUCAACGCAACAACAGCAAUUAUUAUUACACGCUACAACAACUCUCUCGACAGAGAGAGGAACGACACUUACCAUAUGACGCUGACUGCCUCAGAUGGAAGCAACCAAACCACUUCUGUUCCCUUAUUGGUCAAAAUAACUGACGUCAACGAUGAACGCCCCCGGUUUAGCCAGCAAGUGUAUUAUGCAAACAUAUCCGAGGAUGCUGCACGUGGUACAACGGUCAGGAGGGUAACAGCCACAGAUCUUGACUUUCUGAUCUUGAAUAAAGAGAUUACUUACACGUCGACAGGAGCUGAUGCGAAGUUUUACAUCAACAGAGCAACAGGUGAUAUCAUCGUGGACUCUAGCCUCGACCGGGAAUUCAAAAGCUAUUAUGUACUUCAUGUGACAGCCUCUAACAUUGGACAAAAUUCAAAGGAAGGCGCGUGUCAAGUGAACAUAACUGUCACUGACGUCAUUGAUGAAAAACCUUUCUUCGACAGCGAUAUGUUGACAUAUCAUAUCUCAGAGAAUGCCUCAGUUGGAACGAAUGUUACCAAACUUAAAGCUCAAGACAGAGAUAUAGACGACAGUCACACUUACUCACUCGUAAAGAGCGAUUCCAGUGGAUAUUUCAGUAUAGACCAAGACACUGGUGUGAUAACAACUGCCAAAGACCUGGACAGGGAAAAUAUGACCGAACACGUCAUUUAUGUGCAAGCAACGGACAGUGUAAACCUGACAUCGGACAAAGUGAAAAUCGUGAUCAAAGUUGACGAUGUUAAUGACCACCCGCCAGUCUUUACAAAGUCCUUUUAUAUCGAAGAUUACCGCGAAGAGUCUCCAAAGGACACCAGUAUUUUGACCGUCUCAGCUGAAGAUGCGGAUGUGGGCGUGAAUGCCGAAAUAAGAUUCAGCAUUGUUAGCAAUGCUACAAAUUACGUUUCAGUUGAUCCAGUUACUGGAUUUAUCUCCCAGGCUGAUAAGGAACUCGAUCGGGAAAUGUCGCCAUACUUCAACUUCACCGUUCGAGCGACGGAUCUUGGUUCUCCAGCGCUCUCGUCUGAGGUGGAGGUAUCUUUAACAUUAGUCGACAUCAAUGACAACAGUCCUACUUUUAACCAGACUGUCUAUCAAGCCUACGUCAUGGAAAACCAACCAAUAGGUACAUCGCUCCUGGUUGUCACUGCAACAGACAAGGAUGUGGGAACUAAUGCUAGACUGUCUUAUGGACUUCGCGGAGGAAAUUUCCGUUUUAACAUCGACCAAGACACUGGAAAUAUUACGACAGCGGUUCGUUUGGACCGAGAGCAAGCUGGUGCUGAUUCAUAUACGUUGACUGUGCUUGCAGCAGACGACGCUAUAAGAAGUCGAGAAGGAACCACACAGGUCAUUGUGACAGUACUGGACGAUAACGAUAACACACCGGUAUUCUCGCAGUCAAAUUACCUCUUCGAAGUUUCUGAAGAUGUCGAUGUUGGCCACGCUGUUGGUUUGGUGUCUGCUUCAGAUGAUGAUGAGGGGUCAAAUGCAGUGAUAAAUUAUUUCACAAAGAUGGAGAAUGGAAGUGAACUCUUCAUGAUAAAUGACACAACGGGCAGGAUCAUGACCGCGGCCAAACUGGACAGGGAGAAAAACAGCUCCGUCACAUUUAUUAUCAUUGCUCGAGACAAAGGAAGUCCUUCUCUAGAGAGCAACGUAACCGUUCAAGUCGUGAUAAAUGACGUUAAUGAUAACGCUCCGAAGUUCCAACAAGCCUUUUACAAUGUCACUCUACCAGAAAGUACAUUUACAAAGACAGAAGUGGAAACUGUUUCUGCUUCGGAUCUCGAUGAGGGAGGAAACGGUCAGUUCCGAUACAGUAUUGAGAGCGGAGACCCUGACGACCAAUUUGCAAUAAACGCCAUUACUGGUGUCAUUACCUUGAGACAAAAGCUUGACCACGAAACCAAGGCCUUCUACAACAUUACCAUCGCGGCACGAGACUUGGGUAUCCCUGCCCUUUCUGGUUACACUAAUCUCCUUGUAACCGUUAGUGACGUAGAUGACAAUGCGCCUGUCUUCCACAAGAAUGGAUACACCGCAAGCAUAUUAGAAAAUGCCACCGCAGGCACAUUUGUCGCACAAGUGAACGCCUCAGAUAUUGAUGCUGACGAAGCGCACAAGACCAUACUUUACCAGAUCGAAGGAGGAAAUGAACAGAGAAACUUUGUGAUCGGCGAGUUAAAUGGCACCGUGUUCCUGAAUUGGACAGGAGAUGGUCUUGAUCGCGAGAAAGUCUCAUCAUACACUCUAACUUUGGCUGCCAUCAGCAGAGUAAACAACACAGAGCAAAAAUCAACAGUCCUUUUGGUUGUCACGAUUCUCGAUGUCAAUGACGUCACUCCAAAGUUUGAGAAAAAGUCCUACCUCAAGUCAGUGCGAGAGGACACCAAGGGACUGGGGCCAUCAGAUGACAGGAGAAUCCUAACGGUCUCCGCAAAAGACGAUGACGUGGGCGACAACGCGAAAAUACUUUACAGUAUUACUAAAGGAAACGAAGAAGGAGUCUUUACGUUAAAUAAUGCUACCGGCGAGUUGCUGAAGGCCAAGGCGCUUGAUCGAGAAGUAAGAGACUUCUAUAGUCUUUUGGUGACAGCCGCCGAUCAAGGACAGCCUCCGCUUAUGAACCAAACCACGAUAAAUAUCACCAUCGUUGACGUCAAUGACCACAUUCCCGCGAUUCAUACACAAGCCGUUUUCUCUGUGCUUGAGAAUGCAACAGUUGGUAAACUGAUCACAACAAUCAAUGCAACGGACAGAGACGAAGAUGUCAAUGCGCAGGUCAAGUUCACCAUCAUAAGUGGGAACGAUGACGAGAGGUUCACACUGAAUGAAACUAACGGCGAACUGCGAACAGCAAAGAGUCUUGAUUAUGAUCAAGAACCGAAAUCCUACAAGCUCACAAUUAAAGCUCAAGAUCUUGGAAGUCCUCCAUUAUCAAGCGAAGAAACCAUAACCAUUGAGUUAGUGAAUAUUGACGAUAACAUUCCCGUGUUUGUCAAGCGUCAAGUCACGUUAUCAGUUGGCGAAAACCUCCCAGCAGGAGCUGAAGUUGGAACGAUAGCAGCUUUCGAUGCAGAUCAGGCUGGACCCAUAUAUUACUACAUACAAAGUGGAAAUAGCGGAGCCAUGUUCACGCUAAAUGAGACGACUGGAGUAUUGCGCACAACUCGACAAGCCGAUCGGGAGGAUAGCGCGCAGUUCUUCCUGUACAUAAAAUCAUCGAAUGUUAAGCUCGAUCCAGUCUCCCUUCAGCCGAGGAAUAGAAGAGCGGCCCCGGAUGCAGGUUCAAAUCAAACUAACACGACUCAAGCGCCAUUGCCAGAUGAUCUUGGCGUACAGCUGGUGAUUGUGGAAAUCGCGGAUCAAAACGAUAAUGGUCCUCGCUUUACAAAGAAGCUUUACACCGGAGGAGUUUCUGAAGAUGCAAAACAUGGAAGCAACAUCAUACAAGUCUUUGCCGUAGACUCUGACGAAGGAAACAAUAGCCGUAUAUCGUACGAGCUUCUACAAACUAAGGAUAGCGAAGAAUUCAGUAUGGAUCGAGAAACUGGCUGGAUUAAAGCAAAGGCGUCAUACGCAGGGAAGUUUGGGGCCCAGUUUGUUGUUAACGUCAUUGCCAAGGACAGAUUUGGCGAAGAGCCGUAUUUCAACGACACUGCUGAAGUCAAGAUUUAUGUACUCACGGAUAUUCAACGAGCUGUGAUAAUAUCUGGACGCUCUCCUGAAUAUAUUCGAAAACAUCAAGCAGACCUAAAAAGGGUACUAGAGAAUAUCACCGGUUACAUUAUAAACAUAGAUGACAUAAACUAUUACAAAGAUAAAGAUGGAAAUUACGAUUAUGAAAGGACAGCGGUUCUCUUCCAUGCUGUGGAUCCCAAAACUAACAAAGUUGUUGACAAAGAAAUCGUAAUAGACAAAAUAGACAACAAUUACGAUAAGCAUCUUGGAUUCUUCAAUGAAUGGAAAAUAAAAGAAGUAAAGGCUCACGUCGACGACCAGAAAGAUGACGAAUUUCCCGUAGUGCUUGCUGUGGUCAUUAGUCUUGGAAUUCUCCUUUUCAUAGUUAUUCUGAUAUUUUGCUGUGUGGUUUUCCAGCUCAGGAGGAGGCAAAAUAGAAAAUUAAGGGCGGCGACUGCAGUUAGUUAUGGAGGAUCACGCUCUGUCAACAAUGGAACAGUAUCAGCUAUUCCUACGUCGAAUAUGCACAUCUCUGAGGGAGAACCAUCCCCGUUUUAUGGAGGCGCGUUCCACAUAGCUGAAGAAGGUAGAGAGGAGCUGUACGAGGCACAGGAAUACUCAACAGAUGCACACGAGGAGGUUUCUGACAUCGGAAAUACUGGGGCGAGUUUUAGUGGAAGUCGGAAGAGUUCGUCCUCAACCCCCUCCCCGGAGGCAUAUGAAUCGUCACCGAUGACGGAAAGAAAUUACUUUUCAAAUUCAUCAAAAAUUAUGGUAACCUCAAUAUAAUUACGCGCAAAACCAACUUCUAACUGAGAUAGCAACUACCGUUUUUAUAAGUUUUGUAAAGAUAGAAAAUGCUUCUGGUUAAUAAUUUUUAGUUUUUAUAUUCAUAUUCCGAUAAUCACGAUUUGUCAAGAACACUUCUUUGUAAGGUAGAUAGUUUAUAAAGUUUGUACUAAACAGCUGUUUCAGGAAAGGUUGUCGUGCACGCGAGAGGUAUCGUGGAUACUUUUUUUUUUUUAUCUUAGGAUUUCAGGGAAAUCUGAGAAACAUUUUUAGGACGAAAUAUAGCAGAUUUGGUAAAUUUAUUCGUUUCUCUGACUUCUUAAAAAUCAUGUUGUACCGGAUACCUAGAUAACCUUUCGAGAUGAUCGUGUGCGCUUUUGUCCUUUUUUCCGACAACCUUUCUAGAAACAGCUGCUCCCCUUUAAAAGGUAGAAAUCUUAUGCUUAAAGAAUUGUAUCGGAUAACACAACGCUCAAAUUCAUGUGAAGCAUCUUGAUGUUAUAUAUUUGUUAUAGAAAGAUAAACAAUUGAAAAGGGAAAAUUUUGGAAUAAGUUAGGCACAAAAAACGCUCACUUAGAAUUGUGUCAUUCUGUAAACAUUCGAAAACUUUGGUACUACUGUACGAUUUGAUUUGUUAUUUUUAUAAUUGUCAAUAUCAGUUGUUUCUCUAGAGCUUCUUUUCUCGAAAUGUAUGUUCUAUAGAUUCUGCGCAAAUCUUGGAUUAACACUAAGUACAAAGGAAAUCCUUGAAGAAAUGAAAGUAGUCACACAACCAUUUGUUAUAGACAUGGUUUCUAAUAAAAGGUUCUUGUGAAGCCUAAAUUAAA